ACAUAUUUGAUAACAGAUAUUUAAUUUUGAAAAUAUUAAAUUUAUUUAAAUUUUAACACAAACUUUUAUUUAUAAAUUAUUAUAAAUCGUAAUUUUUGAAAUCUCUAGCCUCAUGCAAUAUGGCAAAAGUCUUGGGAGUUCUCAAAACCAUAAGAAAUAACUGGAAAAAGUCCUUGUUCUUUUCUGCGGUUUUUUCGUAUGGUGUAAAUUAUGUCAACGGGAAAUAUGAGUAAGCUGAAGUUUAUUUAUUUAUAUUUUUCAUUUUACUAAUGCAAUUAGAAAUGAAUAUUAUUAUAAUGUACAAGUAUUUGAAAAUUGUUUAGAGAAAUGUAACUAUCAACCUAUGUACCUAGUUUUUUUUAUUGUGUGCUGACAAUUAUAAAUAUGUCUGCCAGUUAGAUUCAGAUUGUUUUUAUAUAGCAAUAAUUAUAUUGUACUAAUCUAAACUGUUUUACAAUUGUAUAAAAUAAAAUAUUACCUAUAACAUUUAUUUUACUGUUCAUUAAUUAAUAAUUUUUGUAAUAUAUUUAUUUUUUGUUUUUACUGUAAUUUAGAACACAUAUGUUUAUGUCAGAAUGCUGUAGAACAGUAUCAUUAUAUGGAAACGAGCCAUUAUCAAUUGACAAAAAACCCAAAAGAGUCACAGUUAUACUGAAUCCUGCCGCUAACAAAAGGUAUUUUUGUCACGUGAUUAUUCUUUAUUAAUUUAACAUAUAAUAACUAUAUUUAAUUUUGUUUUAUUUAGAAAUGCUAAAUCAGAUUUUGAAAAAUACUGUGCUCCAUUAUUACAUUUAGCUGGAUAUUCUGUUACAGUUCUUACAACUGAACGAGAAGGUGGAGCCAGAAGUUUAGUGGAAAAUCUAAUUAGUGAAACGGAUGCUCUAAUUGUAGCUGGAGGCGAUGGCACUCUAUCAGAGGUUUUUAUUUCAAUUUCAUAAAGCACAAAAUUUGUAUAAUUUAUUCUUACCUCAAAGAAAUGUAUUUGAUAAUUUCCAUUUAUAUCCUAUGUCAUGCUCCUACAAUUAAUAGAAAGAAAAUGUCAUAAUAUAAAUAAAAAGUAAUUAAUUAUCAAUGACUUAGAAUUUGAACAUAGCAAAAAAUCUAUUGGUUUUAUUAUGAUGUGUAUACAAUGUAGUAACUUUUCUAAAACAAAAUUUUCUCUAGUUGGUGCAUUAGAGAGAUCAUUUUUUGAUUUUUCAAGGGGUUUUCAAAAUAAUUGGGAAAAACCAAAAAGAGAAUUUAAAAAGGCAAAUAUUUAUGACUCUUUAUGAGUAAUUUGUAUAAAACCCAUUUUGGAAUAUCUAUAUAUUAAUAAUUAUUAUAAAUAUUUUUUAAUUUUUACUGAAUGUAAUUUUGAAUGAUUAUUCUACUAAAUUAGAGGUUUGGAUAAAUUCAUUUAGAUUUUUGUUAAAGUGUUAUAAAACACUUAUUAAUUGUAAUUAUAUACAAUAAUUAUAAUACAUAGAUUAAAAUUAUUUUAUUUUUAUUUUCAGGUAGUAACUGGUUUGUUAAGACGUUUAAAAGGAGAUACAUCUCACACAGAACAUUUGCCAAUUGGAAUUUUACCUCUGGGACGCACAAACAAUAUUGCACGACGUUUACUACAACCUCAGGACGAUAAUCAAGUGCAUUUUCUUACUAAUGCAACAAUGGCUAUAAUAAAAGAAGUUAAUUCUCCAUACCCUGUAGUAAAAAUUGAAAAUUUAAAGGUCAUUUAAUAAAUAAAUAAUUAAUACUGAUUAUACAAUUUAAAUUUAAGAUGUUGAAAGGUAUAUUAUUAAAUAGUUAAUAAAUACUUUUGUAUAAUAUUAACACAUUUGCUGCAUAUGUUUUGUGGUUCUUUUCCCAUUUCAUACCGCAUCAUAUAAAAGGAAAACCACUCUAAUAAUAUAAUAAUCAAACAGCUUUCAGCAGACAUGUAAAACAAUAAACCAUUUACUUUAAAUUUAUAUCAGACAGUAAUUAGUGUCACUGUAUGAGCUGAAUGACAUCAAUUGGUGUCAGAGUUCAAUUAACAUGUUAUCUAUAAAAAAGCAUAGCAAAAUAAAAUAGAAAUAAUAUUCAGAAUAUAACAAAUUAAAAUGUAAUAUUUGUAUGUGUACAUUUGUUUAUUUUAAUAUUUUUUAAAAUUGUAUGCACAUUGAUAAAUUAUUUAAUAUUCGAAAAUAAUUAUUUAAUUUACUCCUUCAAUUGUACAAUUUGAUUGGAAAUUUUUUAAAUUUUUUUAAAUUAAAUGAAAUUAAAAACCAUAUUUUUAAUUUUUUUUUUUUUUAAGAUGAAAGUAAAGAUAUUUAUUAAUAAUUGAAAAUAAUUAGAAUUUUUAAAUUUUGUGUAUAGAGCCAGAAUCCAGAAAAAUGUGUUUAUGCUUUAAAUAAUAUUGAAUGGGGUGCAAUGAGAGAAGUUAAAGUGGCACGUGAUCAAUAUUGGUAUUUUGGAAAAUUCAGGGAUUUGGCUGCUUUUGUGUUUGGAAAUAGUUGGCUUAACUAUACAGUAGAUGCUGAGUUGGAAUACAGUCCGCCAUGUUCCGGUUGUAGUAAUUGUUACAAAAAACAAAUUGAUUCAAUCAAUAAGUCAUCAAGUUUCUUUUCUUGGAUAAGUAAAAUUUUCUCGUUUAAAAAAAAUCCUGGUUAGUAUUAAAUAUACAAUAAUACAUAUUUUAAAUUUUAAAUUUUAAAUUGUAUUCAUUUGAUUUAGGUUACAUAGAUUAUUCAAAAAUAGUCAAUCCAGAAUGUAGUAAUUAUUCAAAGAUGCCCAUUAAAACGUUAAAUGUUAAUAUUAAUUUAGAUAUUGGACAAACUCCUGUUUUAAAAAUAAAUGUUGGUCCUCAACAUAUUUCUUAUGCAGAUUUUAUAAAAGAAGGUUAUACAAAAUUUACGAACAAACCUAGUGAAAUUCAAAAUUCCUUUAUAGAAGCUAAAGAAAUAACUUUAAUGCCCCAAAAUGAAGAAGUAAAAUAAUAUGUUACUAAACAUGUAUUUAUAACUAAUUAUAUAUAUAUUAAAUUUAGGAAGAUAAAUGGCUGUCAAUUGAUAAUGAAGACUAUGAAGUUAAGCCGAUGAAACUGACAUUAUUACCAAAUGCAGUAUAUUUAUUCAAACCCGAUAAUUUAAUUAAUCAAAAUCAGGCCCAAACAAAAACUGAUCCAGGAUCUAAUAUGUCUUCAGAGAAGUUUAAUAAAUAUGUUGGUUUAAAACAAUUUAUUUAAUAAAACAUUAUUAGUAAUGACUAAAACAUUUGUGUUCUGUUAUGUGUAUGAUUAUUU